AUGAACCCAAAAAUCAAACUGUUCCUUGCAAUUGCAAUUGUAGCUUACCUUAUUAGUAUAUUUACUAUUUUGAGUUUUGAUGGAAGAAAUAAAAUCGAUGCCCAAAGAUUUCCUGAUAAAUGGAAAAUUGUAAUUCAAAAUAAUAAUAAUAAUAAUUAUAAUAAUAAUAAUAAUAAAAAUUAUAAGAAAACAGGAAAUCCAUUUAAUAAAAUUGAUGAAGUAUAUUAUCAAAAUGAAAAAUUAAAUAUUAAAAGAUCAGAACAAGUUAGAGGAGCAAUGAAACAUGCAUGGGAAAAAUAUAAAGAAUUUUCAUGGGGUCAAGAUGAAUUAAGACCAUUAACAAAAAGUCAUAAAGAAUGGUUUGGUCUUGGUCUAACAAUUAUUGAUUCUUUAGAUACUCUUAAAAUUAUGAAUUUAGAUAAAGAAUAUAAAGAAGGUAGAGAUUGGGUUGCUAAUGUAUUAAAACAAUCUAAAAAUACUGGAAUGACGGUUUCAGUAUUUGAAACGAUUAUUAGAGUUUUAGGAUCACAUGUAACAAUGUAUGGAUUAACAAAUGAUGAAAUGUAUUUAGAGAAAGCAGUAGAGAUUGGUGAUUUAUUAUUAUAUGCAUUCCCAGAAGACACUAAAAAACCAUUCCCAUCAUCAAAUAUUAGAUUAGCAACUCAUGGAAAGUCAUAUCCAGGUUGGACUGGCGGUUGUGUAAUUUUAUCAGAAGUAUCUACAUUAUUUUUAGAAUUUAAUGAACUUUCAAGAAUAUCAGGUGAUCCAAAGUAUAAGGAAUACUCUGAUAGAGUGAUUGAUGCUCUAUCCAAAAUGAAAACAAGCAUACCAGGUCUAUUUCCAGUUUUUGUAAAUCAAGACGCAAAUGGUUUCUGUGGUAGUUUUAUUACAAUUGGUGGUUUAGGUGAUUCCUAUUAUGAAUAUCUCUUAAAGAUGUGGAUUUAUACAAAUGGUGAAGACGAAAUCUAUAGACGUCUAUUUGUUGAAUCUGCUGAUUCUAUCAUUGAACAUUUGUACAAAGUUUCCCCAAAAGGUGAUGGUUACCUUUCAGCCAUGGAUCAUAACUCUCUAACCAACAUUCAAGAACAUUUAGCUUGUUUCGCUGGCGGCAUGUUUGCAUUAGCUGCCGCUGCAAAUAUUACUCAAGAUGAUAAAAAGUCUGCUAAGUAUAUGGAAGUUGGUGAAAUGAUAACUAAAACUUGCGUAAAAACUUAUUUAACUUCACCAUCUGGUUUAGCUCCCGAAUCAUUCCGUGUCGAUCCAAAUUCUGGUAAUAUUAGUUGGAAUGUUCAUGGUACAUAUAGUUUUUAUAUUUUACGUCCUGAAACUGUUGAAUCAUUAUUCAUUUUAUAUCGUUUAACAGGGGAUAUUAAAUAUCAAGAAUGGUCAUGGAAAAUCUUUGAAGCAAUUGAAGAUGUUUGUAGACAUGAAAAUGGUUAUAAUGGUCUUAAAAAUGUUGAUGAUAGAAAAUCUUUGGAUGAUACUCAAGAAAGUUUCUUUAUGGCGGAAACUUUAAAAUAUCUUUAUUUAUCAUUCCAACCUUCGUCAGUUAUUCCAUUAGAUAAAUAUAUUUUCAAUACUGAAGCUCAUCCAAUUUUGAUUCCAAAGAAAUAA